AUGGCAGGUGGUAAGAAAAAGAAGAAGCCAGCUACAAAUCCAGCCAGAGGUUUUGCUACCACCUCGAUUGCUUCGAAACCUAAAAUUGAAGCUAUCGAAGCUGAGCAAGAAAAGGACGUUGCAGACGACCCAGUUGAUACAACUGAGAGUCAACAGUUGGGGGAUAGGACGAGUGAAGUCGUGGGAAAUAUAACUACGGAUCAGAACUCGAAUCUGACCCCGGAAGAGUUUGAGAAGCAACUCGAGAUCUCUGAGCUUCAAAUACUUGUCGAGAAACAUUCACAGAAGUCAAAAAGAGAUGCCCUUCGUCAAAAGACCCGAUUGGAAACGGAUCGCAGAGUUCUGCGCGGCCAAGCAGAAACUCUCAAUACAAGAAAAUGGUUACCCCCCGAGCUUAUGGAAGAGAUUCUAGAUUUAAUAAAAAUGGAGGGACGAUUCUCUGGUCCAGCAACCGAUGCGACCUCGCUGAAGCAAUCAACAGAAGAGGAGCUCGCAAUACGGCUUUGGACCUUGCAACAAUCCCUUGUUGGAGCUGAUUUCGCAGCAGAUAAAGUAUUAUUGGCAUUGCAACACGUCUUGGAUAUUUCGGAUAAGAUUGGCAGUAGCAAUAAGGAUACAAUUUGGGGCAUGGAGGAAUCCUUGGAGUGGCUUUCCCGUGAAUGUUCCAGGGACGAAUUGCCUGACUACCAGAAUUCACAUCGCAGGUUGGCAUCUUCUCAAAAAUCUCAAAAUGGUACCCCAUUCGAUAGCCCUAUGGCCUCGGGAACAACUACACCAAGAUUCGAAUCAGACAUGAGGCAUUUCGCAUCUUCAGUCCAAAAUGGUGGUAACACCCCUCGAAACGGAAAGAAGCAAGAAAACAAUAAAAAAGCAGCCACAAUAGAUUAUGACAGUGAUAUUGAUCCAGAUGAUCUUCUCCCAGUAUACCUGAAAACAAAAGAAAAAAUGUUUAUACUCCAAAGCUCAAAAUCUGCCACUGACCUUCGUUCAAGUGGCAAGAAGGGUGCCCAAAAGUCACAAAAUAAUGGAAGUCCGAUUGAUACAGAGUCAGCGAGGCUGGCAAGGAAACUCAAGAAGAUAGAAGAUGAUGUCUUGUUCGACAAAUACCUUGCAGACCAGCAAUGGAAUGUCCAAAGAAUAAAACUCGAGCGGGAUGCAGCUACCCAGCGCGCUUCCGAAUUGGCUGCAGAUGAGAAGGAAACGCAAGAGUCGGAUGUUUCGGUGGACUCUGAUGACGAAAUCAGUAGAGAAGCAGCUGCAAUUGGCAAAGCUAUGCUCGAGGAGACUGAUAGCGACGACGAUUCCGCGCUAGCUGAUCUUUUCGCUAGCUUGCCUGUCAACGAGGUAGACCCUCUAACAGGUAAAAGCAGUACGGUGAUUAAUGGCAAGGACGGGACAAAGAUUACUGUUCAAGACUUUGGGAAGUGGUCGGGUGUCAAUCCAACCAGGGUGCUGGAAGAAGCAUGUCGAGCUAGGGACACUUCAGUGAGAUUGGCUUACACUCUCAUUUCCGAUACUAGUUAUUCCAAUCGUCAUAAUCUUAGAAUCACCUGGUCGAAACCACAAGAUCUACUUGCAACUACACCCCUCUCGCAAAUCGAAUACGGUUCUAGUCCGAAAUUACAAAGUUUUACUAUGGUUUCUGUAUCCACACCAGAUUCUCGCCAAUCUGAAGCAUAUAUUGCUACAACUGCGCUGUUUCUUAUCUUUGGGUCAUCGGCAAAAGAGGACAAAGUUUCUUUGCGUUUACCAGCUGCCUGGCGUGAUCUUUGGUCCGAAUUCGCCGAGAUUAAGAAGGAGAAAAUCGAUGAAAAGGAUCGUAAUGCUAUCAAAACAUUUCGUGACUUGAUUCGUGCAAAACGAGAUCAAGAAUUAGAAGAUGGUGUUUUGAUCCAUGGUGCCUUCCGAAACAGAGGCGUGAUUCGGGCUCCUGGCAACGAGGAGCCUUUCAUAGAAAAAGGUCCCAAGGCAGGAUUCGCCCCCGAGGCAUAUCAGAGAAUAUGGGCUGAAAAAUGCUCGUCACAUAGUUAUCAACGUAUGCUUCAAUCUCGGAUGCAGCUACCUAUGUGGUCAUUCAAAAAUGAGGUGCUCAGUGCUAUAGAUCGUUCACAAAUAGUCAUUGUUUGUGGCGAGACUGGAUGUGGAAAAAGUACACAAGUCCCAGCAUUCAUUCUCGAGCAUCAGUUAUCGAGAGGACAACCUUGCAAGAUUUAUUGUACAGAGCCUCGACGUAUUUCUGCGAUCUCUCUUGCUCGACGUGUCAGUGAAGAACUCGGUGAACGCAAGAGCGAUAUUGGUACCCCUCGUUCACUGGUAGGUUAUGCUAUUAGACUCGAGUCUAAUACAUCAAAAGAGACUCGCCUCAUCUUUGCCACCACCGGAAUCGUGAUGCGAAUGCUCGAGGGGUCGAAUGACCUUCGAGAGAUUACGCAUAUCGUCCUUGACGAAGUUCAUGAGCGCACAAUAGACAGCGAUUUCUUACUCAUUGUCCUUCGAAAGCUUUUAGUGCGCAGACCUGAUUUGAAGGUCAUUCUGAUGUCUGCAACGGUUGAUGCCGAUCGCUUUUCAAAAUAUCUAGAUGGCGCUCCUGUUUUGAACGUCCCAGGACGUACUUUCCCUGUUCAGGUCAAAUACCUUGAAGAUGCUGUUGAACUCACAGGCUUCUCCCUUGAUAAUGGCCUGAAAGAGAAAUAUACCGACCUUGAUGAUGAUGUCGAGCUCGCAGAUGGUGUUUCCAAUGAGACAACAAAGAGUGAAAGUACGAAGGCUCUACGGGGAUACAGUAAUAAAACUCGUAACACAAUUGCACAAUUUGAUGAGUAUCGGAUUGAAUUUGAUCUUGUUGCUCAAUUAAUUGCAAAAAUCGCUGCUGAUGACCGGUUGGCAAUGUAUAGCAAAGCCAUCCUUGUGUUUCUCCCAGGUAUUGCUGAGAUCCGGACUUUGAAUGAUAUGCUCUGCGGACACCCAGCAUUUAUGUCAGACUGGUAUAUAUACCCACUACAUUCGAGUAUCGCAAGCGAAGAUCAGGAAGCUGCAUUCCUUGUGCCACCACCUGGAAUUAGAAAAAUUGUUUUGGCUACUAACAUAGCUGAAACCGGUAUCACUAUUCCAGACGUCACUUGUGUAAUCGACACUGGAAAGCAUCGUGAGAUGAGAUUCGAUGAGAGGAGACAGCUCUCUCGUUUGUUAGAAACCUUCAUCAGUAAGGCGAAUGCUAAGCAAAGAAGAGGUAGAGCUGGACGAGUACAAGAGGGACUCUGCUUUCAUCUCUUCACAAAAUAUAGACAUGACGAAUUGAUGGCCGAUCAACAAACCCCAGAAUUUCUACGUCUAUCCCUCCAAGAUCUUGCCAUUCGAGUCAAGAUCUGCAAGCUAGGAGGCAUCGAGGAGACAUUGAGCGAAGCUUUGGAUCCCCCAUCUGCUAAGAACAUUCGGCGUGCCAUUGAUGCGCUCGUGGAUGUUAGAGCACUGACGGCGGGAGAAGACCUAACGCCUUUGGGUAUCCAAUUGGCCAAGUUACCACUCGACGUCUUUCUAGGAAAACUUAUGCUCCUUGGUUGUGUUUUUAAAUGUCUCGACGCAGUAGUCACAAUUGCUGCAAUUUUGUCCUCAAAGUCGCCCUUCUCGGCACCCUUUGGACAACGACAACAAGCGGAUACUGUCAGGCUUGCCUUUAGAAGAGGCGAUUCUGAUCUUUUGACGGUUUACAACGCAUACCUAGCUUGGAAAAAAGUUUGCAUUGCUAAUGGCUCUGAAUACCAAUUUUGCCGCAAAAACUUUCUUAGCCAGCAAAGUUUAUCGAAUAUUGAGGAUUUGAAAGGACAGUUGGUAGUCUGUCUUGUGGAUUCUGGGUUCCUACCUCUCACGGAGGCCGAGAGGUCUGCUCUAAAUAGGACACGUUACUCAAGUCGCCGUCGACAAUUUUUCGAAAUACCCUUCCGUAUCAAUACGAACAGUGAUAACGAUAUCAUUGUCUCCUCUGUCGUUGGUUGGAGUUUUUAUCCAAAACUUCUUAUCCGCGAUGGGAAGGGCUUCCGCAACUGCGCCAACAAUCAAUCCAUUAGUCUACAUCCUACAUCCGUAAAUAAGGGUCACCAUGAUAUCAAAUGGCUUUCAUACUAUCAUAUCAUGCAGGCCAAGCAAUUUUACAACGCCCAUGAAACAACGGCCGUAGAAGAAUUUUCAAUUGCUCUUCUUUGCGGAGAUGUCCGUUGCGACAUGUAUGCCGGUGUUUUCAUAUUAGAUGGUAAUAGGGCUCGAUUUGCGGUAUCAGACUGGAAAACCAUGCUUGCUAUCAAAACCAUGCGAGCCCGAUUACGGGAUGUUCUAACGAAGUCUUUCAAGACACCUGGAAAGGCUCUUACAGCACAACAACAGAAAUGGAUGGAUCUCUGGCAGAAGAUCUUCUCUCAGGAGUUCAAAGACAAAUAG